UGUUCUUGUCUAGUUAAUAAAAGUAAACAUGGAGAACAAUGAAAGCUCAGUGGAUUCAAAGCCCAUUAAGAAUUCGGAAGCCUAUUAGGGUUUAAGAACAAUUCGGGGGUUUCCCACGUGCGCUGAGACGCUGAGGGCAUCAUGUUGUAAGGAGAUGGGGGCUUUGGUGACUCGCGCAAUCAGAAAUUUGAACCUAGAGAACCGAGCGGAAUGGGAAAUCAGCAAGAUGAAACCCUCUUCUGCUCCCAUGCACCCUUCCACCAAGAGGCUCCUGCAGGAACAGAUGAUCCGCCAUCCAGAAAUUAAGGGAGAGACUGACAGAAAAGAUGACAAGUUGCUAUCAUUACUGAAAAACGUAAAGAUUAUACAUGGAAGCAAAUCAAUGGACUCUGGAAUAUCCUCGGACGAAAGUUACAAAAUGGAUUAUCCUCAAAUGGGUUUAUGUAUAAUAAUUAAUAACAAGAACUUUCAUAAAAGUACUGGAAUGUCAUGUCGGUCUGGUACAGAUGUAGAUGCCGCAAACCUCAGGGAAACAUUCAUGAACUUAAAAUAUGAAGUCAGGCAUAAAAAUGACCUUACACGUGAAGAAAUGAUAGAAUUCUUGCAAAAAGUUUCUAAAGAAGAUCACAGCAAAAGGAGCAGUUUUGUCUGUGUGCUUCUUAGCCAUGGUGAAGAAGGAAUCAUUUUUGGAACAAAUGGACCUGUUGACCUGAAAAAAAUAACUGGUUUCUUUAGAGGAGAUUAUUGUAGAAGCCUAAUGGGAAAACCCAAGAUUUUCAUCAUUCAGGCGUGCCGAGGUACAGAACUGGACUGCGGCAUUGAGACAGACAGUGGCAUUGAUGAGGACAUGGCAUGUCAGAAAAUUCCAGUUGAGGCCGACUUCCUGUAUGCCUAUUCGACAGCACCUGGUUACUAUUCCUGGCGAAAUUCGAGGGACGGAUCCUGGUUCAUCCAGUCACUUUGUGCUAUGCUGAAACAGUAUGCCCACAAGCUUGAGUUUAUGCAUAUUCUCACCCGUGUUAACCGAAAAGUAGCCCUAGAUUUUGAGUCUUUUUCCCUCGACCCUACUUUUCAUGCAAAGAAACAGAUUCCAUGUAUUGUGUCCAUGCUCACAAAAGACUUGUAUUUUCAUCCCUAAAGAAAUAGUUGUCUUUUUUCUUUUUUUUUUAUUUGUAUGUAUGCCAAGUGAGAAAACAGUAUGAUUUGUACUGUAUUUCCCUCUUUCAUUCAGAUCUGAUGCGGUGCUCUAGAAGGUACUUUGAAUAUUACUUCCAUAGCAAUAAAACCACUGUAAAGCUACCUCAAAGUCAGGUAGUUGAAAAUGAAUUUUAAUUAGGAAUAAGUGAAAAUGAAUAAAUGGUGCAAUCAUUAUGAGAGGAAAUAACUAAAUUAACAGCUUUCAUAAUUAGCACAUUUUAGUGAUGCUAUUCUAUGAAUUUUCAAGACUAUGAGCAACUUGAACAUUGAAGUAAUGAAUUUUAAUGAUAUCCUCUCUGUUUUUUGAGGGGAGGCUGUACACUCUGGCUUUUGUCAAUUAUAGAAAUGAUGAUGUGGAAUAAUGUACCCUAGAACUUGAGAAUCUAUGAGCAUGGUCAAAGGCUUCAGCACAUAUUUCAGAAUUGAUACAUGAAAAUGGGUCAACUGGAUUUUUAGAUCAUUUAUCUGAGUUCAUGGUUUUGUGAUGUUUUUAACCAAGGAUGUUUUUGUUGUAAAAAAUCAUGUUUGAUAUUGAAAAGGUAACUAAAUACCUUAUUUGAGAGAGCAUGAGCAAACUGAGUUGUCUCUUCUUAAGGCCAAAAUGCAACAUUCACAGAGGGACAGACUUACAACUAUGAGGUGCUGAAGUACAUCUGAUCUGCCAGCAUAAACAUCUUCUCUUUUGUUCCUGUGCAAAUCAGUUGUGCAUUGUAUACUGGCAAAAUACCUGAAGAGCUAUUACCUAACAUCUUCAAACUGUUUAUUAGCAGAAUGAUAAGAAAAAACUCCAUAGGAACAUAUUAGACUACAACUUCUGUAAUAUAAAGUAGAA